GCGGACCCGCAGAGCCGGCCCGUGCUGCUGCUCGGGCAGCUGCACCACCUGCUCCGCGUGCCCUGGAGCCACGUCCGCGGGAAGCUGCAGCCCCGGGUCACCGAGGAGCUCUGGCAGGCUGCUCUGAGCGUGCUCAACCCCAACCCCACAGACAGCUGUCCCCUCUACCUGAACUACGCCACCGUGGCUGCCCUGCCCUCCAGGGUGAGCCGGCACAACAGCCCCUCCGCCGCCCACUUCAUCACCCGGCUUGUGCGGACCUGCCUGCCGCCCGGAGCCCAUCGGUGCAUUGUGAUGGUUUGUGAGCAGCCUGAUGUCUUCGCCUCUGCGUGUGCCCUGGCCCGGGCCUUCCCACUGUUCAGCCACCGCUCAGGUGCCUUGAGACGCGCAGAGAAGACUGUCACUGUGGAGUUUUACCUGGUGGGACAAGACAACGGUCCAGUGGAAGUGUCCACAUUGCAAUGCUUAGCAAAUGCCACAGAAGGUGUUCGGCUGGCGGCCCGCAUUGUAGACACGCCCUGCAGUGAGAUGAACACAGAUGCCUUCCUCGAGGAGAUUAACAAAGUUGGAAAAGAGCUGGGGAUCGUUCCAACCAUCAUCCGGGAUGAGGAGUUGAAGGCGAGAGGAUUUGGAGGUAUCUAUGGAGUUGGCAAAGCUGCCCUCCAUCCCCCAGCUCUGGCCGUCCUCAGCCAUACCCCUGAUGGAGCCACACAAACCAUAGCCUGGGUCGGCAAAGGCAUUGUCUACGACACUGGUGGCCUCAGCAUUAAAGGGAAGACCACCAUGCCAGGGAUGAAGCGGGAUUGUGGGGGUGCUGCAGCUAUCUUGGGGGCCUUCAGAGCUGCCAUUAAGCAGGGUUUCAAAGACAACCUCCAUGCCGUGUUCUGCUUGGCUGAGAACUCCGUCGGACCCAAUGCAACAAGGCCCGAUGACAUCCAUCUGCUGUACUCAGGAAAGACAGUGGAAAUUAACAACACAGAUGCCGAGGGCAGGCUGGUGCUGGCAGAUGGUGUGUCCUACGCCUGCAAGGACCUGGGAGCCGACAUCAUCCUGGACAUGGCCACGUUGACUGGGGCUCAGGGCAUCGCCACAGGGAAGUACCAUGCUGCCGUGCUCACCAACAGCGCCGAGUGGGAGACAGCAUGCGUGAAGGCGGGCAGGAAGUGUGGGGAUCUGGUGCACCCACUCGUCUACUGCCCCGAGCUGCAUUUCAGCGAGUUCACCUCGGCUGUGGCUGACAUGAAGAACUCAGUGGCAGAUCGAGACAACAGCCCCAGCUCCUGUGCUGGCCUCUUCAUCGCCUCCCACCUCGGGUUUGACUGGCCCGGGGUCUGGGUCCACCUGGAUAUUGCUGCACCAGUGCACGCUGGCGAGCGCGCCACAGGCUUUGGUGUGGCACUCCUGCUGGCGCUCUUUGGCGGUGCCUCCGAGGACCCUCUGCUGAAUCUGGUGUCUCCGCUGGACUGUGAGGUGGAUGCGCAGGAGGGGGACGUGGGGAGGGAUACCAAGAGACGAAGGCUUGUGUGAGGGUCUGGCCUCCGCUCAGCCCCCAGCGACAAGGGGCGCUCUUACCUCACUUUGCACUGAUUAAUUUUAAGCAAUUGAAGAUUGUCCCUUAAAAUGGGUUUGGGUUUGGGUUUGUUUUUCUGUUUAUAACUGUGGUGGUGAUGGGAAUGGCUCUGUCUUAUGUCCUAGAAGACAGCUUAGGAUUUGGCUGGGGCCAUGGAAGGGGGCAGGAAGUGCUAGGGCUGUUUUCUAUCUGAGCUACCACAGGCCUCCCCAUGCUAUGCUGCCCCUUGGGGCCCCCUUGGGGCCCCCUUGGGGCCCAGGCCCUGCUCCAGGCAUCCAGCACUGCACAGGGCCCAAGCGUUCAUGCUGCCCAGGCCCAGCCAGCACAUCCAGCUACCCUCCCCUUGGAGAGUGAAGUGACUUGCGCAGGGACCGAUUUUAUGGAGCACAAGGGGGUCCUACUCAAGCCCCUCUGAAUUCACUUGAGGCUAAAAUAAACUAGGUCACACCACA